CUGCCGCGAGCUCUAUGUAUCCCGGAUGUACACAACAAAUACUUAACAAGUAUGGAAGAACGGGUUGUGCUGCGACAGAUAAUUUAGUUUGCUGUAUGUAUACAAAUGUUUAUAUUGCAUUUAAAUGCGUAGAGUAGGCUACCUUGGAGUAAAUAAGACACUUGAGUGUUUUCCAGCAUGUUUCUAAAUCCGUACUUCACUGCAUGUUUGACUGUAAGCUCUAAACGCAGCAUAGGCAGUGCCAUACAGCUGUCGCGAUUUACAUUCAUUCGCUGCAUAACUAAAUACACAAAGAUAUCUACGAUGAAGAGGAGAAAACCAGGGAGUGGACAGCCACCCGCGUCCCCGCCGCUGAGCCCGGAGCAGUUGGACCGGAUCGAGAGGAACAGGAAAGUCGCUCUCCAGCGGCUGGCUGCCCGCAACGUACCGCCCGGAUUCGGGGAGAGCUGGCGGACGGCGCUGGAUGAAGAGUUUGGAAAGCCUUAUUUUACAAAGCUAAUGAGUUUUGUUACGGAGGAAAGGAAGCGACACACUGUCUACCCUCCUGUUCAUCAGGUGUUCUCCUGGACUCAGAUGUGCCCUAUCCACGACGUGAAGGUGGUGAUAUUUGGGCAGGACCCAUACCAUGGCCCAGGUCAAGCUCAUGGCCUGUCCUUCAGCGUACAGAGACCCACCCUACCCCCACCCAGUUUGGAGAAUGUGUUCAGAGAGCUGAUGGAGGAUGUGGAAGGUUUCCAGCACCCCGGACACGGAGACCUGACUGGCUGGGCACAGCAAGGGGUCCUGUUGCUGAACGCGGUCCUCACGGUCCGAGCGCACCAGCCGAACUCCCACCUGGACCGCGGCUGGGAGACCUUCACCGACGCCGUGGUCACCUGGCUCAGUGCCAACUUAGACGGCCUUGUCUUCCUCCUCUGGGGAGGCCACGCCCAAAGGAAGGGCGUGGUCAUUGACCGGAAGCGGCAUCAUGUCCUGCAGACAGCGCACCCCUCCCCUCUGUCUGUGCACCGCGGUUUCUUCGGCUGCAGGCACUUCUCUAAAACCAACGGCCUGCUGGGAAAAUCGGGGAAGACCCCAAUCGACUGGACCGCACUCGGACCGCAGGAUAGCAACGCUGUGUCCCCCUCGUCCUGACCCCAGUCUGACCACAUUGACCUUGGCUUGACCACACCAUGACAAAGCUUCAUUAACCCCGUAAUGGGCAGAGCUAGGCAUUACUGUCUCUCACUUACUCAUAUGAACCGUCAAAGUGCCAUUUCACUUUAUAGCAAAGCUAUGACUGGCUGAAAUUAAUGACAGAUGGCAGCUCCUGUCUCUCGCGCAGAACAUCUGUGAAGCUGUAUCUCGCAGUCCAGUCACACAACACCUUCUGUCAGACCAAGGGCUCUUUCCAUUCGCUUAUUGUACCUCCUUGCGUCCUUUCCUUGCAUCCUUUCCUCGCUUCCUUAGCUCCAACAAACGGAGGAUGCAAGGAAAGGACCUGAGGAAAGGGCGAGAGGACAGAGAAAUCGUGGAAAAGUGUAUUAGGUAAAUGGAUCGUCCUUUUUCAGUGAAGCUUCAGGUUGAAGCCACAUCAGUUAAAGAUGUUGGAGGGGGAAGGGGUGAGGUGGAUCCACAGGUCCAUCAUUUAUACAUUGCGCGUUCUGCAAAGGAUGUGCUCAUGUUUCCUUACUCAAACAUCCUUUGUGAGCCUCCCAGCUCCUCGCUCCUAGCUCCUUCAAGGAGCAUUAACUGGCUGGAAUGUCUUUAAAGAUGGCGGACCUCGAUCUAUUUCCCGGGUCAGUUUGAGGAGACGAGGACGGAUACAAUAAGCGAUUGGAAUGAGCCCUCAGACUUUCAGCCCAGACGUUUCAGCCCAGAAGAAGUGGAGCUUCUUCUCCAUUUUUAUUUUUUCAGUUUUGUGCUAACGGAAGGAAAUCACUAUUUACAACUGAGUCUAAACAGAAAUAGCCAUGAUAAGCAUUUUGAUUUGAUGUGCAUGUUACGCAUGGGACUUUAGCUGGGAGCCGUAGAAGGUAACUCACCAGGACUGACAUUGCCAUGUUAACAGCAUCAUACAUUUGUACAAUCCUUUAUUGCAGUGAAAUCUGAUCAUUUUGUUUGUUUAACUGGCAAGAAUGGUUUGAUUACUUUUUCCGUAUUCUGUGUAUAUAUGUCUUAUAAAGUUUGGAUAUUGUUGAAAAUAAAUAUUCUUUUCUUAUA